CUCCCUAAUUGGUGUAUGUUUGGGGAUAAAGAGAUAAAGAUUAAAAAUAUUUCAGAUUGAAAUACAAAAAUGACUUUAACUGGAUACACAGACUUCGACGCCAACCUAUGGGAGAUUGUGUAUGAAGGUGUCUACAAUGGGAAUAAGUUACAUUGGACAGACUAUGACCGUGUCAUCAACCGAGCUCUUGCACGGGGCUUCGACAAGAUCAUCAUCCAGGCAACCGAGUUGAAACCCUGCAGAAGAGCACUGGAGAUAGCUAGGGAGUUCAAUGACCAUCCAAGAAGAGUAUUCACUUCAACUGGGCUGCAGCCCUCUUACCCACACAUGUACAUGGAUUUGCUGGGUCCCCGAGAGAAAUACAGACCUUAUGUAGAGAACAUUCUGAUCAAGAAUCGACGGUACGUCACCUGCGUCGGCAAGACAGGCCUCAUGUUCACAAAGGCUGGCAUCGAGGCAUGUUCCAAGGAAAAGCAGAUUGACUAUUUAAACAUGCAUUUGGAGUUUGCUGCAGAAUAUGGACUUCCUAUAGUCUUGCAAAGUCGGAACUCUGCAAAGGAAACUCUGGAGUGCCUGAAGGCCUUUGAGGGUAAAGUGACUCCUGUCCUGUCCAGCUUCUCAGGGACUAUGUCGGAGGCAGAGACAUAUUUGAAACUUGGAGCUUACAUUGGCAUCAGUGGCUGCUCCCUUAAGAGAACCAGAAACAUAAAUGUUGUGAAGUCGCUACCUCUUUCUCGAAUACUGCUUGGCAGUGACUGUCCUUACUGUAAACUCAAGAGGGAUUCUCCCUCCUACAAAUAUGUCAAGACUAAGUUCAGAGCGGAGAACCGAAGGUUUUGGUCACCAUCAGCUCCAGUUAAGGGUAGAACGGAACCCAUACAUGUGAUCCAACUAGUUGAAGCAACAGCAGGAAUAAGAGGAGUAGAAGUAGGAGUUGUUGUUGAAGAAACGUGGAAGAACUUUCAUGAUGUAUUUUUCUCAUCAAAUUCAUCACCAGAACUUACAGCGCCUUCUAUAAAGCACCCAGAAACACAGGCACAUUCGUGCACAGACAGCUUUUGCCGUUAAACAACAAAGUCUGAUCAAACAAUCAUAAUGCCAGAGGUCCAAGCCCUGCACUAAGAAAUGCAAAAACC